AUGACCAAACGGGAGGCUCUUCAAGGACUCUUCACACAGAAGAUCUUGUGCGAAAUUUCCGAGGGGCAGCUUGACUCCUGCUCUCUCCUCGUGCCCAUCAUGGAUGAGUUGGAGGCACAUGUUUCGACUCCUAGGACAAGUGCAGAUCAUCUCGAAGACAUCAUGGCUGUUACGGUCAAGAAUCCCUGCCACUGUGUAAUGUCGUUCUCGGGCCGUAUCAGAAUAUGCCAGCAGUUUCUCAGUCCCAAUUUGCCAGGCCCCGUGCUUCACCGUCUGAAUGGGCAAGAGCUCAUCAUCGCCGUGUGCACUGGACACCUCGAGGUGGUACGCGCGUUAAUCAGUCGCGGUUGCGAUGUCAACAGUUACAAUUAG